ACGACGUCCGCAAGUGCCGGCUCCGGUUACCACGAGACCUGACAUGUUGUUCUAUUUGUAGGAAGGGGUCCCGCAUCCGGAUGUCUCCCCGCAGUCAAGGUAAUAUAAUCUGGGGUACUUAGCCUUUAAUUAGUAUGUUUCAGGGUCGAUCGCGGUAGUACUUCGUUGCUUCUGAUAGUGUGCUGAGAUGGGGUUUGCGGAAGAUUAGUCGAGUUGAAGACGGAUGGGGAAGGUGAGGGCUGCUGGUCGUACGGCUUAUAGUAGGGUGUUUGGACGUGGUUUUGGCUUCAGCGCUCUUGACAUUUCUGUUUAGAGAUCAUCAAAUCAUAAUUUUCUUCGUCAUGCAUUCUUCAAGUCUACUGACGGUGGUUACGCUGGCUGCGACUGUUUUGGGUGCUCCAAGCGGUCAUGUCGACAAGCGUGCGCAAACCGUAUACCUAGCCGGAGACUCGACAAUGGCUCGAGCAAGUGGUGUAACUACAGGCUGGGGCGUCUUCCUCCCCAACUCGCUCACCCUCCCUGUCGUCAACAAAGCCAUCGGAGGCCGCAGCUCCCGCUCCUACACCGUCGAAGGCCGCUUCGACGAAAUCGUCAACCUAGUAAAAGCCAACGACGUCGUAAUCAUGGAAUUCGGCCACAACGACGGGGGCGGUCUCGGCAGCGGCGACAACGGACGCUCAGUUUGCCCCGGCACCGGAUCUGAGACGUGCAAGUCUACGUACAACGGCCAAGCGGUUACCGUCCACACGUUUCCUUACUACCUCACUGAGGCGGGCAAGAAACUUAUUGCCAAGGGCGCUAAGGUUAUUGUAAGCAGUCAGACGCCUAACAACCCGUGGGAGGGAGGUAGUUUCUCGUAUACGGACGGGGGGAGGUUCGUUGGGUAUGCGAGGGAUGUGGCGAAGGCGCUGGGAAGCAAUGCCAUGUAUGUGGACCAUGGAGCGUAUACGGCGGAUAUCUUUAAGACGCUGGGUAAGACGAAGGUGGAUGCGCUGUUCCCACAAGAUCAUACGCAUACUAGCCCGGCUGGCGCGGAUGUGGUCGCGAAGGCUUUCGUUAAGGGGGUGCAGUGUGGUGGUGGUGGGUUCUUGAAUGGCUUUGUUAAGAACGCUACUGCGAGCAUUCCGGGAAAGUGCUUGUAA